CGAGAGGCGGGGUACACCCUGGACUGGUGGCCAGCCAAUCACAGGGCACAUAUAGACAAACAACCAUUCACACUCACAUUCAUACCUAUGGACAAUUUGGAGUCUUCAAUUAACCUAGCAUGUUUUUGGAAUGUGGGAGAAAUGUCGUAGAAAACCCACGCAUGCACGGGGAGAACAUGCAAACUCCACACAGAGAUGGCCGACGGUGGAAUUGAACACUGAUCUUCUAGCUGUGAGGCCUGUGCGCUAACCACUCAACUGCCGUGCAGCCACCAAAUCUUCAUGUAAGUCACAAAUUCAACUGCUUAUUAAGAACGGAUCCCCAAUUUGCAAAGUUUCUCUUGUAUCCCAAGGUCAACCAAGUCCCAAAACAUUGUAUUCUUUGUUCUUGAGGGACAGUGAAGACAUUCAGCCAUCCAGGUCACGACAGUUGGAUUUCUUUCCUCCCGUCCUUGCAGAAGUUUUUGAAGCAAGUGGGACCAAGCGUGGGUUCCUGAGAGAACAGCUCUGAACUGAAACCCAACUGUUCAUUAAGCAGCAGCCCGUGAGCGGCGGAGAAUGAUUUAAAACAGGACCAGAGAGGGAAGGUGUUUGUGAAGACAGAGAAGCAUCUAGAAACUGAGUCUGCAUGAGCAAAACUUUUUUUGGCUCAUUUUUUUCCCCCCAAAAAAACCUUCUCAUGCACUUUAGAAAAGUUGUACCACUAUAACAAAUAAACUGUUACACUAAAUCAUUGCAUUUUUUUUUUAACUGGACUGGUUGUGAUAUUCUUGGUCCACGCACACACUAACAGAGAAAACCUCCUAAACUGUGCAGUAAUUGUGGUUUUUCUAUUAGUAUCCACUUGGCGCGCAGUGGCCGCCCCAGUGCGCCGCCGCCGAGAUGCUCGCAUCCAACGUGAGCCUGAGCGGCUGCGCGGGCUUCAACAGCGCUCUGCACGCCGGAGCCGAGGAAGCUGGUCAGCUGGGGGGCGGCUCUCAGCGCUCCACCCUCUCUCCGACUGGGAACCUCAUCGUGGCGGUGUGUUUGGGUUUCAUCGGCACUUUCGGACUUGUGAACAACUUGCUGGUGCUGGUGCUUUACUGCCGCUACAAGAUGCUGCGAUCUCCCAUCAACCUGCUCCUGAUUAACAUUUCCAUCAGCGACCUGCUGGUGUGCGUACUGGGGACGCCGUUCAGUUUCGCCGCCAGUACGCAGGGAAGGUGGCUCAUUGGAGACAAAGGCUGCGUGUGGUACGGUUUCGCCAAUUCACUCUUUGGUAUCGUGUCCUUGAUCUCUCUGGCGGUCCUCUCCUAUGAGCGCUACUGCACCAUGAUGGCUCCCACUGAGGCAGACUCCUCCAACUACUAUAAGAUCGCAUUGGGCAUCACCCUCUCUUGGGUCUAUUCCCUCAUCUGGACUGUGCCUCCACUGUUUGGCUGGAGUCGCUAUGGUCCAGAAGGGCCCGGGACCACCUGCUCUGUGGACUGGAAAGCCACGACGACAAAUAACAUAUCUUACAUCAUCUGUCUGUUUGUUUUUUGCCUCAUCGUGCCAUUGUUGGUGAUCGUGUUCUGCUAUGGGAAGCUGCUGUGUGCCAUCAGACAGGUGAGUGGGAUCAAUGUAUCGAUGAGCAGGAGGCGGGAGCAGCGUGUCUUGUUCAUGGUGGUGGUUAUGAUAGGCUGCUACCUGCUGUGCUGGCUGCCUUACGGCAUCAUGGCGCUGCUGGCCACCUUCGGACCGCCGGACUUGGUCACACCCGAAGCCAGCAUCAUUCCUUCUGUCCUGGCCAAGACGAGUACGGUCAUCAACCCCGUUAUUUACGUCUUCAUGAAUAAACAGUUUUACAGAUGUUUCCAAGCACUACUGAAUUGUGAGGCUCCACGACGAGGCUCCAGUUUAAGAAGCUCCUCCAAAGUCGCUACCAAAGCCGUGAGGGGCGGCGUAUUGACUGGUCCCCAUCGUACCAACGACUUUCUAUUCAUGGUCGCCUCCCUGGGUCAGCCGGCUGCCGAAGUGCCUCAGCUGGACCCUACCUGUGAACCCACCAUGGAUGUCACCAAAGCCCCUUCUUCAGACAUCAACAAACCCGUUGUAGUGUCACUGGUGACACACUUUGACGGGUGAUGGUGGGCAUGACAUCGGCAUGAAAUCAGCACAUCUUCGGCCUGGAAGGCGUUAAUAAUGAGUUGUGGUUUUUUUCUGGCCUGGCUAAUCGAAUGCAGUUGUUACAUCAGCUGGGCAGCCUGCCAUUAUGAGCAAAGUGGGAGGUACCGAAGCUCCAUCGGUUUCUCCACGGAUGUCUCUUCAUGCAAGUAUGUGCAGCAUACAGAAACGGUACUGAUAGAACUGUGGAACGAGAACAAAUUCUUUGUACUAAAUCAGAUUUUUGGAAAGAACUGUUAAAAGCUACAAAGAACGCGGAGAGAGAAUAAUAGUUUUUUAUGCGUCGUUUACCCAUUUGAACAUAUUUUAGAGCAAAGGCACAAGAGAAUAAAUUAUCACUUAAGAAUGUAACUCCUUCCCGACAAGAAAUUCUUAAAUUAAAUAGAUCACUUGACACUUUAAAAUAUGUCCUCCAAUAGGGGUGCCACAAGACAGGACAAUGCACAAGAUUAGGAAAAGUACAAUAAAAAAAAAAAGAUAAUAUAUUGCAAUAUACGCUCUUCUGCACUGUGUGUGUAUGAUACCGGCCCCGCCUCCACCCGUUGACACAAAGAAACCGUAUAGCUGACAAAAGGGCUCACUCCGUUCAUGGUGCUGAAAGAAAUGCACCAAUGAAAUCAGACAUGCAUGGGCAUGGUAAUGUAUCGAAACCGGCAAAAUGAUUGUUUGAUAUAUUAACUAUUAAUUUGGACAUUUUUUUUCAAGACACACAGAAUAUUAUGUACUAUGGCUAUAUAAAGAUGGAACCUACCAAAAGAACGAUUAGACUGUCGUCUUUCAUCAGGUUAAAAAUUGUGUUCCUACCUUUUUCCGUUUUUUAGUAUUCAGCUGUAGGUAAGUUUCAGGAAAAUAUCAGCUCCCGACUAAAAACAACUUUUCAUGAAAAUAAUUUUUUUUUGCUUUUGUUACAGCUCAAACAUCUAAACUGUACCACAACAUGAGCAAUACAAAAAGAGAUUUUUUUCAAAAUAAUAUACAAAUAUAACACCAUGAUCUAUUUACAACUUUGACAAAUUUUUCAAGACGCACAGAAUACUAUGUACUAUGGCUAUAUAAAGAUAAAACCUACCAAAGGAAAGAUUAAACAGUUGUCUUUCAUCAGGUUAAAAAUUGUGUUCAUACCUUUUUCCGUUUUUUAGUAUUCAGCUGUAGAACAUAAGUAAGUUUCAGGAAAAUAUCUGCUCCCGACUAAAAACACCUUUUCAUGAAAAGAUAAUUUUUUUGCUUUUGUUACAGCUCAAACAUCUAAACCGUACCACAACAUAAGCAAUGCAAAAAAGAGAUUUUUUUUCCAAAAUAAUUUACAAAUAUAACAUCAUGAUCUAUAUACAAUUUUGACAAAUUUUUCAAGACGCACAGAAUAUUAUGUACUAUGGCUAUAUAAAGAUAAAACCUACCAAAGGAAAGAUUAAACAGUUGUCUUUCAUCAGGUUAAAAAUUGUGUUCAUACCUUUUUCCGUUUUUUAGUAUUCAGCUGUAGAACAUAAGUAAGUUUCAGGAAAAUAUCUGCUCCCGACUAAAAACACCUUUUCAUGAAAAGAUAAUUUUUUUGCUUUUGUUACAGCUCAAACAUCUAAACCGUACCACAACAUAAGCAAUGCAAAAAAGAGAUUUUUUUUCCAAAAUAAUUUACAAAUAUAACAUCAUGAUCUAUAUACAAUUUUGACAAAUUUUUCAAGACGCACAGAAUAUUAUGUACUAUGGCUAUAUAAAUAUAAAACCUACCAAAAGAAAGAUUAAACAGUUGUCUUUCAUCAGGUUAAAAAUUGUGUUCAUACCUUUUUCCGUUUUUUAGUAUUCAGCUGUAGAACAUAAGUAAGUUUCAGGAAAAUAUCUGCUCCCGACUAAAAACAACUUUUCAUGAAAAUAUUUUUUUUGCUUUUGUUACAGCUCAAAUAUCUAAACCAUACCACAACAUAAGCAAUGCAAAAAGAGAUUUUUUUUUCCAAAAUAAUUUACAAAUAUAACACCAUGAUCUAUUUACAAUUUUGACAAUUUUUUCAAGACCCACAGAAUAUUAUAUACUGUGGCUAUAUAAAGAUAAAACCUACCAACAUAAAGAUUAAACAGUCGUCUUUCAUCAGGUUAAAAAUUGUGUUCAUACCUUUUUCCGUUUUUUAGUAUUCAGCUGUAGAACAUAAGUAAGUUUCAGGAAAAUAUCUGCUCCCGACUUUUCAUGAAAAGAUACAUUUUUUGCUUUUGUUACAGGUCAAACAUCUAAACUGUACAACAACAUAAACAAUACAAAAAGAUUUUUUAAAAAUAAUUUACAAAUAUAACACCAUGAUCUAUUUACAAUUUUGACAAAUUUUUCAAGAUGCACAGAAUAUAAUGUACCAUGGCUAUAUAAAGAUAAAACCUACCAAAAGAAAGAUUAGACAGUCGUCUUUCAUCAGGUUAAAAAUUGUGUUCAUACCUUUUUCUGUUUUUUAGUAUUCAGCUGCGGAACAUUGGUAAGUUUCAGGAAAAUAUCAGCUCCCGACUAAAAACAACUUUUCACGAAAAGAAAAUUUUUUUGCUUUCGUUACAGCUCAAACAUCUAAACUGUACCACAACAUAAGCAAUACAAAAAUAUUUUUUUUCAAAAAAAAUUACAAAUAUGAUACACCAUGAUCUAUUUACAAUUUUCACAUUUGUGUCCAUCAUGUGCAUGCUUUAAAAUUUCCCUACAAUACUUAACCUUCUGCACGCUACACUCCUCCACACUCUCUCACUUCCUUCUUCCUGUAGAGUGAGUUUUUACAUACACAAGACCUAUGCCAGAGUCUAAACAAAUGCACUUCUGCCACCUUGUGGUUGUUCUUAUUGCUUAAACCUGAUCUGACAGAGAUCUCUUUUAAUGUGAAAUCCGUUACGUCAUCACCAGUUUUUGCCUCAGCGCAAAAAAAUGCAUAAAAGACGUAUAAAUACAUUUUUGGGAUGGGGUGUUUGGGUUUAUCAAAAUACUAUAUACAGGCGGUGUACCCCGCCUGGGAUAGGCUCCAGCAUAGACAUGAUCCUAGUGAGGAUAAGCGACAUAAAUCCCAGGCCUACUACCCCCGAGAAAUCUUGUCCCGUUUGUGACACCCCUAUCCUGCGAUCAUUACGGGGUUUGCUGUGCAUGAAGAACUGCUAGCAUGCAAUCGGGAAUUCCAAGGGAAUAGUGAUGCAUGUCGGAGAAUCACUGUGCAGUUUCUUCAAUGACGUGCAUGUGUAUCCCAGUUUGGUCGGAGAAAUGUCCCAAUUUUUAGUCAAUUUUAGUCAUCUUUUGUCCGCUAAAAGAAGAAGAAUCCCCAUUGGAAUGAUGUUUACAUGGGAUGUUUCUGCAUGUACAUUUAAUGCAAAACAUGUUAGACAUAGCAUAGUCUUUGGUCAAACCCAAUGCUCAGGGUCUGUACUUGUGACCAAGUUCCAAACAAUAUGUUUACAUGAGAACAUGACAAUGGAACUUAUUUUCUCAAGCUGAAACUACAAACCCUUGCUACAAUAAUUUGAUUCUCUAUAUACCUAUUGUUUGUCACGUGCCAGUCUGCAUCCGAUGUACUGUACAUUCUUUGGUCCAUUUUUCGUUUCCUGACCUACAAAAACAACAGUUGUGUUGACCGUAAAUGUUCAAGCAGUGUUGUGGCAAUGUAGAAAAGCAAUUUUUGUCUUCCUUUGUUGGCGGUUUUAUACAUUCUAAAACCAGUUUUGAUGUCAUCGUAAUGGUAAUGGUAAUGGUAAUGGUAAUGGUUUAUUUCAUUUAAACAUGCUUCAGAUUACAAUUGAAUGCAUCACAUAAUCAGUUCACAGUUCCACAUGUCCAAAAGGAGUAGGAAGAAGCAAAGCUUAUUAAAUCCUACCCCUCCACCUGGUACUUUUACAAUCAGUAACUGUUACAUUUGUUCACUUCCUGCUUUCAUAAUAUAGUUUAAGUAUUUUAUUUUACUUUAUUAUAUUUUAUUUUAUUAUGUUUUAUUCUUGUUUACUUUACUUUACACUUAACUGUUACAUUUGUUCACUUCCUGCUUUCCUAAUAUAGUUUAGGUUUUUAUUUUAUUUUAGUUUAUUUUAGUUUAUUUACAUAAUCAGUUCACGGGUUCCACAUGUCCAAAAGGAGUAGGAAGAAGCAAAGCUUAUUCAAUCCUACCCCUCCAUCUGGUACUUUUACAAUCAGUAACUGUUACAUUUGUUCACUUUCUGCUUUCCUAAUAUAGUUGAAGUUUUUUGGGGGUUUUUUUCUAUAUUAUUUUUGUCACGUACCGAAGUAUGAGGUGAUAUGACCAUCCAAUGACAUAAUGGGUACCAUAGUAAGUGUCAAUAUAGUGAUAUGUAUAGCACAUCAUGACUGGUUCAAGACUCUUCAUCCUUGUAUUUAGCAAACAUCAACUGCUUGUAUUGUUUCUUGAAUUGGCUCAUCGUUGUGCAUUGUUUGAGGGUCUUACUCAAUCCAUUCCAUAGUUUGAUUCCACAUACUGAAAUGUCCUGUGGUUUCUUUGUGCUCUAUACAAAUCCUGUACCAUAUCAAUGUACAGUUCAUACUUUGAUACCAAAGCUAUAAAAAUGUGAAUAUUUUUUUGAGAGGUGAUGUCUUAAUAAAGGUUUUUAUCUACAGCAACAUGGGCUAUGUUUUGUCUUAGAAAGGAUGGAAUAUUAACCAUAGUAACACAUAAUUAGGGUGAAUAUGGGGUAUGUCAAUUUUAGUUAGAAACAGUUGGCCAAAACCUUUUCGGGGAUAUUGUUGGGGCUAGCAUCGGGCCACAAUCUCCCGCUCGAUAUGAUGUAGCACCGAUG